AACGAUGGAAUUCGGGGAAAGACGCCUAGGGGACAAAUUUCCAUGUUGUUCCGAAAAAAGUCGGUCCGUUGUUUCCUCGACUUUGGUACGCUUCGAAUUAACAUCGUUCUUUUUUUAAUUUUUUUUUCCUUUCUUUCUUAACCUGCUGUCCCUUUGUCCAACGAUUUACGUACAACAAAUUUGAACGUUCUAUCGUCUAUUCUUCCCCUCGCCCUUGCUUUCGGCCCCAACCACAACCGACCACAGAGAGUGCCAUCUACGAGGAAAAGUCUCGCGGAACAACUCGAACCCAUGGUAAACAGACUAAUAUAUGUCCUUAUAUAUCACCACCAAAGGGGUGAUAUCUUUGAUCGUACAGAUUGACGUUACCGGCAUACGGGAAGUUAUCCAACGAGUUCGUUGCGGCAAUAUAAGAAACACGGCGGAAUUUGUCUUCAACAUUAUGCAUCGCGUGAAGGACGGUGGAAGAGGAGCAGUUCUUCAAGAAAUUUUUGAAAAGAACUUGCAGUAUUUUCGUGAGAUAGUGGAAGAUACCAUUGACCGACGGAUACAGGACGAAGUCGACGUGAUGACUCAUGCGCAAAAUGACAUCAAAGAAAAAUUUCAAACGUUGUCGGAAACGAUGGCUCGUAGAAUAACGAAAAUCAAGAAACGUCUUUAUGAGAUCUCGCCUGACUUUGAUUGGUUGAACGAUGGGAAAGACAGGAAGAAACUUUCGAUAAGGGUCACCAGACGGAGGAACAGCCCGGUGCAAGGGAAAAACUCCUUCACCAAGUUUUCAUACGAGGACAAUGGUUGGAGAAAGAGUUGUCGCGUUUACAGGAAGAAAACGCCAAGCUUAGAAUUUAUUUGGAAAAAUUUCGGUGUUUGGCGGAGGAAAGAAGGGCACAUGAAUUACACGUGCCGCGGAUCUUGCAAACGGAGAGAGAAAAUCUCGACAAAGAAUUGAACGAGCAGCGUAAAAUUUACAAACGAAACUUGUCCAUCAUCGACGACCUUUACAUCGAUUAUCGGAGAUGCGCUAAUUCCGAAAGUAAUUGUGCGAUUCUUCAACGCGAACAUUUCUAAUUGUAUAUCAACUUUUGCAAGGUCCCUCUUAAAAACUUUUUAUAUUUUUUAUUACAUUUACUAACAACUUUCUACAUGUUGACAUAUGUUGACGUAUAAAUAUAAAAGUCCGCGCAUGCUUCCUGCGUAUGCGCGAGUAAUAAUA